UAAGAAACGAAGGAGGCGUGUUGUUCAGACUUCAGCAGGAGGACGGUCGCCAUCUCCGGGUAAACACUGAAAGCGAGUGGAGCGGGAGCUGACAGUAGCAGGAGGAAGAGGAGGAGGAUGAAGAGGAGGAGGGGGAUUCACUGCUGCUGGAUACAACCGACACACAUGGCUUCAUAGCGCGAAUGGUCGCUUGUUUUCCUUUGCGAAUGUCUCCCCGCGUCUUCUUCUUCUCCUCGUCGGUCGUUUGAAACAUGUGAUUUCCACGGUGCAGCCAUCCUCCCGUGGACUGUGACACUGGUCAUGUUUGCCACGGAGUGAAAAAAACGGCGCUGAACAUCUCGUUUCCAUGGACAACACGUCCAUCAUAACACAGGUUGCAAAUCCGAAAGAGGAGGAGAAUAAUUCUACAAGUCCGGAUAAAGUCUCUCAGUCCAACAGCAGCCUAAAGAAGCAGCGGAGUCGCAGCAUCUUUAGCCCCUUCUUCUGCUGCUUCCGAAACUACAAUGACUACCAUGUGGAGGCCCCGGCCACCAACAAGACCCUCACUCUUCCCCCCACACCGGAGGAGAACGGCAGUCCUCCCAAAUGUGACCCGGUCCAAGUUUUCCCUGGUCCUCCAGCCAAGUUCCUGUUGCCGGAGGUCAGUAUAUCAGACUAUGGCAAGAACUGUGUGGUGAUCGACCUGGACGAGACCCUCGUUCACAGCUCCUUCAAGCCUAUUAGCAAUGCCGACUUCAUCGUUCCAGUGGAGAUAGAUGGGACUGUUCACCAGGUGUACGUGCUGAAGAGACCCCAUGUGGACGAGUUCCUCCAGAAGAUGGGGGAGCUGUUUGAGUGUGUUCUCUUCACUGCCAGCCUGGCAAAGUAUGCCGACCCCGUGGCUGACCUGUUGGACCAAUGGAGCGUCUUCCGGGCUCGUCUUUUCAGGGAAUCCUGCGUUUUCCACCGAGGGAACUAUGUGAAAGACCUCAGCCGACUGGGCAGAGAGCUCAGCAAAGUCAUCAUCAUUGACAACUCGCCUGCCUCCUACAUCUUCCACCCUGAGAAUGCGGUCCCGGUGCAGUCGUGGUUUGACGACAUGGCCGACACAGAGCUGCUGGAUCUGAUUCCCCUGUUUGAAGGUCUCAGUAAGGAAGAAGAUGUUUACAGUCUGCUACAGAGUCUGAGGGACAGGUAGCAGGUUCAACCUCUGAGACCCUCACCGACCCGCGACAGGCCUGACGCCAGCAUCUGACCCUGGAGACUCAUGACAUGGACUUGGAAACAAAUGAAGGAGCUGAUACUUCUAUAUACCUGGACUCCCACUGGCAAAUAUUCAGUUACUGUAUGUAAAUAUAGAUGUUUCUAAGAGGAAGAGGAACAUAAAGUAAUUUUCUAUCUGAAAUAAGGUUUUAUUAUCCAAUGAGUCAUAUUUUAGUUACCAAAACUCAAAAGGUUUUAUCCUUUUAUUCUGUUUGUUUGGGGAUAAAGGUCGCCCUUCUGGAGAUUUCAUUUCUGUGGAGUCGUGCUACGCCGGCUGUUUGUUUCUUCUCUGACCUUUUGGUUCAAACUGUGAUUUAUCUUCUCCUGCAGAAAGAAGUGCCUUCAUUACUGUGCCGAUGUAGUUGUGUCGGGAAUGGGGUGCACAUUUUUAUGCUGCAUAUUUAACCUCGAAUAAACAUAUGAAGUCAAUAUUACACAGAGAUGGACGGUGUGCAUAAAAGUCCUAUACUUUUGAUAAAAGAAUCAUGUAGAAAACGGCCUGAUUGAUGUGUUGUUGAGUCUGAUUCUGAAAAACACUUAAUUAUUGAUUAAAAAAAAUAAACGAUCUCGUGAUAUUAUCUAUUAAUCGAUGUAUUAAAGAGUAUAAUUAGCUCAGAGCUUAAGAAAUUCUAUUUAUUGGGGGAGUGAGUUGGUUGUGAAGAUUGCUGUUGAAAUCGUACUGUAUAACAUGAUUAAAGUUGCAAGUUUGCACAACGUC